AUGCUGCUCGGAGGUUUACGCGACUCCAACGGCGGCAACGUGUCGCUCGCGGACGUCAACAGCCCAGAUGUCACAGCGAUGGAUUACAACACUUGUGUCACGGUCUGCGGCACUGAGAAUGAAGCCUUUGUAUGGUCCGACUUCGUCCAGAGAGUUCUGGAAUGGCUUCUACCUUACCUUUCCCUAUGCUCUCAACUUCCUUUCGGCGCCAAAUAUAACACAGAUAACCUAAUGUCCAUCGUCCUCGCGGCGGGGUCACCUGCACUCGCUGGCUACACCCUUUUCAUGACCAUGCUCAACACAAGGUGGAUUAAUAAGUCGUUCGAGGCAGUGAAGAGUUUUCCAAACACGGCCGAGGCAGCUCGAGUGCUCUCCAGUCUACAGCAAGUCCCUGUUCAUGUCAGCGACGCGGAAUGCAUGCUCUCAUCUCUGGUUGUCCUGCCUGAGAACGACGAUUGGUGGUUCGAGUUUGCGGAGUCGGUUAUUUUUCUGACAUUGAACUACAUGAAGACCUGGUCUAUCUCCGCAGCCGUCUCGAUUACCUGGGUGAUCCUCGCAUGGAUUUUCACUGCAACGCUUUUCACCCUGACGUCGCGGAGUUCCUUCGUGAACCAGAGCGUGGGAACCAUGUUCCUAUGGCUGAUACCCGUGGUGGUCGGGUGGCAGCAACUAUCGCCCAAAUGUGACUACGACCGCCUCAGCCGUGCAUUCGAUCGUUCUGAUGCAAAGGCAUACGUCGCUACCCAUGAAGGCGGCAAGAAGGCUGGAUUGUUCACAGAAGAACGUGCUAUAUCAAUCGCGCCUGUGGUCAGUGAGGAUGCUGUUUCCCCAGACGUGUUUGCCACUCCCCCCAUUUUCAACUAUUCACGCACCUUCGCGUGGUCACGCUCAGCAGAAGAGGUCCUCAGAGCAUUCCAAUACGCUUCGUCUAAUGCGGCGGUGCACAAACCGGUGAAUCCCGAGCGCACGUGGGAGGUCCUCGACGACGACGAUAUACAUCCUGACAAUCGACGCGGCCCUCCUAUCGAAGUUGAGCGCUACUGCGGUCGCUUAGAUUCAAGGCAAAGUCCAUGGGCGUCCGGCGUCUUAACACGAGUUGCCCUCGCGUCCAUUGCUGGGUUGGUACUUCAGUGGGGAACGACGGGCCCGGCUAUUAUCAUGCUGCUGUAUACUCCUACUGUCGGACUUGCAUGUCGAUCUCUCUCACUUUUGACGUAUGGUCUUCUUUCUACCAUGAUAUGGAUGAUGAUGCUGGCGUCCAGCGUGGCAGCGCAUUAUGCUAUUUCGCACCAUCAAGACGAUUAUGACCCACUUUUCAACCACGUUCAUCACAUCUGGAAACGAGCAGCUGAUGUUUUUCGUUUGAUCGGGCAGGUGCUCGCAGUCUUGAACUCAAUUAUCUUUUUCAGCAUCCCUGUUCUUGAAUUUGCAAAUCUGUUCGACAACUGUUAUUAUGACUCCUCUGUUUUGGGUCUCGGACGUGCUGGGGCAUACAAUGUCGUUACUCUCUUGAACUCCGAUGAAGAGGUGACUAAAAGAGUUUAUGCAUUAUGCAUGGCUGCUGCGGCAUUGUGUGCUGUUGCUUUCGUAGCAGUGUUCAAUAUCAACACAGACUGGGACUUUCAGCCUAGCAAUCGUUCUGGGCGUACACUAGUAGACCUCGUUUGUUCACGGACUAGUCCCUCGAGUUUUGCAUACAUAGUUACCUCCGAACAAUCACUCAAUCUUUUCCUUGUCUUUGCUUAG